GCGUAGUUUCCUCGCGUUCGCCUAGAGGUGUUGUUGGGACGCAAUGCCUGAGCCAGCGAAGUCCGCCCCGGCCCCGAAGAAGGGCUCGAAGAAGGCGGUGACCAAGGCGCAGAAGAAGGACGGCAAGAAGCGCAAGCGCAGCCGCAAGGAGAGCUACUCGGUGUACGUGUACAAGGUGCUGAAGCAGGUGCACCCCGACACCGGCAUCUCGUCCAAGGCCAUGGGCAUCAUGAACUCGUUCGUGAACGACAUCUUCGAGCGCAUCGCGGGCGAGGCGUCGCGCCUGGCGCAUUACAACAAGCGCUCGACCAUCACGUCCCGGGAGAUCCAGACGGCCGUGCGCCUGCUGCUGCCCGGGGAGCUGGCCAAGCACGCCGUGUCCGAGGGCACCAAGGCCGUCACCAAGUACACCAGCUCCAAGUAAAUUUUUUCACAGUCACAGCACCAACGAUUUCAGGCUCUUUUAAGAGCCGCCCAUAUUCUCAUUUAAAGAGCUGUAAUCUUCCCAACUUCUGGAAACUAUAACUUGUUUUCGUCACGUUUAAUUUGCUGAGUAUUGGUAAGCUCAAUUUGGGAACCAAGUUUAACUUCUGGCGUGUGCGGACCAUCAAGAAGCAAAUGUCCUACAAUCACCCGUGAAACGGAAUCUUCCAUUGUACAAGCGAAUGUCCUGAGAAUUGAGAUUAAGCAGCCCUUUACAUCAAUAAAUACUAUAUGGAAUAUAUAUCAGAUAUGGAAGGUAAGAAUCACCUGGCGCUGUGGUGCAGAGGGGAAAAGCAUGAGCAUUGGUGGUGUAAAACUGAGCUCAAAAAUCUCAUUUUCCACUUACUAGCUGCAUGUCUUUAUCUACAAAUGCCUACAUGGUAAAUUUCCGUGAGCAUUAAAUAAACGGCUCCGUUUUGUAAUGGGGCUUGUGAAGGUUCUCUCGGCCCCACAUGCAAUUAAGGCAUUCAGUUCUAGCUCUCCAAAGCUAAUUUUAAGUACAUUUAGAAAAUAACAUUCAUGAAAAGAAAUACACCAGCAGAAAUGGACACCACAAAGGGUGUCCAAAGAUACAGUCCUGGCAGCCUGUUUCAAGGCUACAUUUGAGCAAACUUCUUACACCUUCUGUGAGCAUUUCCUUGCCUCUAAAAUGGGAAUAAUAAUUAGUACCUACUGCGUGGCAUUGCUGAUGAUCAAUAAAAGAUCACAGUAAGAGCGCUAGGACAGUCCCUACAGAGGGGAAAGUCAUCCAAGAUAGCAGCUAUGGCUAAAGCCUCUGGUUGAAGGGGUAGGAAAGGUGCCCAUGUUAGGAUCUGAGUCCUGAGGCCUUGAACAAGGCAGAAGGCCACAAAAGUAUAAAGGCAUGGGACACCAGGUAGGGUUCUUUGUCAAUCUAAACCCCUUCUAAUAGACUGAACCCCUCCUUAGAAUCAUCUCUCCACCCUGAACUCUUUUAAGGACAACCUAGUGCCUGUGGCUGUGAGACUUCCCCGCCUCUGCCUGCCAGUUCAAGCAACACGUGCCUAAUUUUCCAGGGACUUCCUCUUGCCUCGCCUGAGCCAGCGGCACCUCAUUUAACAGUAAGGUGUGCGUUGGAGUAUGAGGAAGGGACGCUGGAAACACACAAGAGCUGUUAGUAACUUUUUUUCCCUUUUUUGUUCCCAUGCCUCCUGUUCUCUUUGCCCAACCUCGCUGUGGUGUCCGGCCAGAACGAAGAAUCAUCUUCAGAAAACCAGCUGGCACUCUUAAAGUUAGAAGAGAAUCACGACAUUGCUGCCUAUGGUCCUUCCCAGACGAGGGAAAGCCAGGGCCGCCCUACAGACGGCUGUGCUGUUGCCA